ACAUCUCGAUGGUAAACAAGACAUCCGGAACAGGAAAUUGAUAUUCUAGUCAUUAAUUAACGUCAUUUACAAGAUCUUAUCCCACAUUGGGCGACUAUUUGGCUCAUAGGAGGAGGGCGUGGGGGGAGGUCGUCGAUGAUGGCACCUAUUAGAGAUGCCAAUGUGGUGAAGCUUGCGGUGGAGAUGAGGACGUCGGAGAAUAAGCCAAUACCGUACCUCGGAGAGUUUAGCCUCCAACAGCCUCUGGCGGCAUUUGUUGUGGAGCUGUGUACGCAUUGGAAAGUGGAGAACCCCGAGUAUUACGCUCUGCAGUACACCGAACCCACUUGCCAUUACGUCACGGAGAAGAACAGAGGCCGCAUUAAGGACGGCACGGUGCUCCACAUGGUGUACUCGGCAUCCCGCACCGCCGACGACAUCCUGCAGAAGUUGAAGAAGGGUCAACAGGACGAUAAACGAGACGCGCUGGAAAGCCUCGUUAAGAGAAGCUCCGAUAGUUCCUUUGCUCACGAGUUUAUCUCCAAGCAGGGUAUAAGUCUCCUAAUAUCGUGUAUGGAGAUGCAGAAGAACGACUCCAUACUCCUGCCUAAUAUCCUGAUCUCGUUCCUGGAGUUGAUGGAUCACGGUAUUAUGCCCUGGGACGACCUACAGCCCACGUUUAUAGAGAAGGUGGCAUCGUACAUCAACGUACAGGGAACCCUAGACCCCAGGACACUCUCCACUUCCCUCGCCAUCUUGGAAAACAUCGUCACCAACAGUCAAAACAAGUACGCCACAGUAGAGAAGCAGAUCACUAUGCCCAAACUCCUCCAGCACAUCUCUAACAAUAAGAAAGUGGAGAUCCAACAGUCGGUCUUGGCCCUAAUCAACUCUCUCAUCCAGAAGUCGGACGCACAGAAGCGGCGGUACUACUCUACGACCCUGUUCUCGCGGCAGUACCGGACCAUCCUGACCAACAACGUACUUAUCCACGCAGAGGGUGGUAAUGUGGGGGCUGACAUGGCGCAUCAGUUAUACGUCCUACAGCAACUCCUCCUCAACCAGUACGAGGAACGCAUGAGCACCAGUAUGGACGCCAGCGAUCAGGACGCCACCGACAAGAUCAAGGAACUACGGCGUAUUGCCUUCGAGACUGACGGGGAGUGCAGUAAAGACGUCACAACUCGUCGACCAGAGUACAAGAAGGAGUACAAGAAGCUCGGAUUUCGCAAUGACAUCAACCCAGCCCAAGACUUCAUGGACACACCUCCUGGGAUGUUGGCUCUAGAUAAUAUGGUCUUCUUUGCUCGGAACCAUUCUGAUCAAUACGCCAAACUCGUCCUGGAGAACUGCUAUCGGGCGGACUCUCACGAAUGUCCGUUUGGUCGAGCCAGCAUCGAAUUAACUAAGCUCCUAUGUGAGAUCUUGCAGAUCGGUGACACCCCUACGGACCAAGGCCAGACAUUCCACCCGAUGUUCUUCUCACACGAUCAUUCCUUCGAAGAACUGUUCUCCAUCUGUGUUGUUCUUCUCAAUAAAACCUGGAAGGAGAUGAAAGCUACCACUGAGGAUUUCAGCAAAGUCCUCAGCGUAGUUAAGGACCAAAUAUGGCGCACGAUGAUCGUCCAACCGUCGACCCUAGAGAACUUCCGCUCCAAGAUCAACACCCUGACGUACGCAGAGAUCGCGGAGAUAUGGCAACAGGAGAGGAUAAACAACGAAGAACAGGAAAUGCAAGCCCCUCCCAUUAAGGAGUUGCGGACACAGCUGGAGCCGGAGAUCCUAGAGUUGAUUCAGCAGCACCGCCUGAGGUUCUUGGUUGAGGGAACGCGGUUUAAGUCAGUCCGGGGUGCGAGAACCAAGGACAAGUUCCGUUACUGCCGGCUGUCCCCAAACCACAAGUUCUUCCACUACGACGAGUGCGACGAGAAAUCAGAGCCAACGAUUGACGAGCUCGGCAAGAAAAUCAGCAUCGUUGACAUCAAGAGCAUCGUUACCGGGAAGGAAUGCCCACACAUGAAGGAUAAAGCCGGCAAGAAGAAUGCGUACAAUCUUGCGUUCUCUCUCAUCUUGGAAAGCAACAACGUUAACGAGACCAAUAGCGUCGACUUUGUGGCCCCAGACGACUCGGUCUUCAGUUACUGGGUGGACGGCGUCAACGCACUCUUACGUCAACGAAUGCCCAGUGCAGCCACCUCAAGGGACCUAGAGAUGCUGCUUAACAUGGAGAUCAAAUUACGUUUAUUGGACGCCGAAGGGGUGACAAUACCACAACAACAGCCGGUCGUACCGCCUCCGCCACCCAACUACAACUUCUGCUAUCAGUUACCCUAAGCUGCGUCGUCUAGUAUGGGGUGCUGUUGGUGAUUUGAUUUGUUAGUGUCGUGCAAUUAUGGACGUGGAGAUGAGAUUGGGUGGUUUUUUUUUGUGUUUUGGAAUCGGUAAUUAGAUUGGUUGAAGGUUCUAGAUGACUUGGCUUAUUUCACCUGAAUGCUAACUUAACCUAACACUAACCUAACACUAUCCUAACCUAACCUAACCUAACCAAACCUAACCUAACCUAACCCUCAUGUGGCAUUUAAUGUGUUUAAUCAUCAGGUAAAAUAAGCCGGGGUGUCUAAACUUCACCUGAAAUAACAUUAUAAAUAUUUUUAUUUUUUUCUCGCUCUGGUCAGUAUUCUAGGGGUCAAGGAUCAAGUGGUCAGAGGUCAUGGGGUCAAAUGCAUGUCGUUAUUGGAAACACGAGAUGGCCGCUGUUACUCCAAUAUGUGUUGAUGAGUAAUUAAUUAUUUUGACCCUUCUGUCAAGGUCAAUUGGGGUCACCUGAAAAUUAGACACCCUAGUUUAUUUCAUCUCUGGGUUAACCACACGAAUGCUAACCUAACCUAACCAACCCUAACCUAACACUACUUCCCCCCCCCCAUAGGUAGCAUAAAGGUAGAUUAAUUAACAGG